UGAAGAUGUUGUGGCUUCUUCUCUUACUCUUCUUUGUGCAACUGUGUUCAACUUCAGCCCAGGAUGUGCGAAGACAGUAUUUAGAUCCCCACAACAGGGCCAGAUCUCAAGUGGGUGUAGGCCCUCUUGUGUGGGACAAUACUCUCGCUGCCUAUGCCCAGAACUAUGCUAAUAAACGCAAGGCAGACUGUGCCUUGAGGCAUUCUGGCGGUCCCUAUGGAGAAAACCUUUUCUGGGGAAGUGGUAGGGAAUACACUCCUGCAGAUGCAGUGCGUUCAUGGGUUGAUGAGAAGAAGUAUUACAAUUAUAAUUCCAAUUCAUGCGCUCCAGGGCAACAGUGUGGGCAUUAUACUCAAGUGGUAUGGAGAAAUACCAAGAAGGUUGGGUGUGCUCGUGUUAAAUGCAAUAAUGGUGCCAUUUUCAUCAUCUGCAAUUACAACCCACCUGGGAAUGUUAAUGGGCAGAGGCCAUACUUGACUUCCUUACUCACUUCUGUUUCCUCUGUCUAGUAUUUUCCUCUGUAAUAAGACAUCUUGACCUCUUAUACAGCUUGGUCAGGGAAUGAUGUUUAUCAUCAUUGGGUAUGUAAUUUGCUUGAAAUAAUAGCUAGCGUGCCGUUCGUCUUUGCUUUGUUUA